AUGCAAUCAUUGUCGUCCAUUCUCGCGUGCCUUGCUUUAUUCACGUCAGUGCUACUACUACAACACCCUUUUUCUCAUGCCGGUUUACUGUCAGAACCAGUGAGCGACCCGAACCAGCCUCUCGAACCAGGCGAACACCCAUCCUCUAACACGGUUCCUGCAUUCCCGGUUCAGACCCAGGCGCAAACCUGCCGGCUGGACCUCUCCAACGAACUCUUCGGCGGCGUCAAGGACGCCUGCGGGAAGGACCUCGACCGGAGCCGCUGCUGUCCCGUCCUCGCCGCGUGGCUCUUCGCCGCACACGCUCGCUCCGCCCUCGAGGUCUCCGGUGCACCGCCACCGGCCUCCGGCGAUCUCCCCAUGAUGCCCGACGACUCCCAGAAGUGCGUCAACUCGCUCCAAGACUCGCUCCUCACACGCAACAUCCGAAUCCCGCAACCCAACGCCACCUGCGACGCCAUCCUGUGCUUCUGCGGCAUCAGACUCCACCAAAUAACAUCCCUAACCUGUAACGCAGCGUUUAACGUUUCGCUUUCCCAUAAAAACGCCACCCCUACCGCAGCCGUUCGCAACUUGGAGAACAAUUGUCGAAACUCCUCUUACGCCGGUUGCACCAAAUGCCUCGGUGCUCUACAAAAGGUGAAAGUGUACAAGAACGAGACAAAGGGUAGUGGAGGAAGCGAUAGGGUGAAAAAGAUGUUCAACCGGGACUGUCAACUGAUGGGGUUAACGUGGCUGCUUGCAAAGAACAAAACGGCAUACAUACCCACCGUUUCGGCGGUGUUACGUGCUAUGAUGUACAGUGCGCAUCCUCAUGAGUCAAAGUGUAGUCCCGAUCAAGAGAACAUGCCACUGGCCGUUGAUUCGCUUCAGUUCGAGAGUGGCAAGGCGCCAUCUUUGCCGUCCAAGUUUAGCGUGACGGUUUUGCCCCUGGUGGUUCUGUUAUUUUCAGCUUUUGUGUAG